UCUCUCUGUUUCAAAGGUUAUCAUCAUCUUCAGCAUCAUCUCCAUCAUGAAGAUUUUGACUGUUUCUGCACUUGUUUGUGCCAUGAUGGCUCUGACUCGAGCUGCUGCUCUUCCAGAGGCAAACCCCGAAAAUGCCCAACAAGCAAAGAGUCACCUGGUCAAGAGGGCCACGUUUUGUUCUGGUCGCUGGUCUGAGAUAGAUGGUCGCUGUUUCCUCUUCGUUCCAAGAGCCAUGACUUGGUCUCAAGCUGAGAGAAACUGUCAGUCCUUAGGUGCAAACCUCGCAUCCGUACGUGGAGCUGAGGAGUAUCAUCAGAUUCAAAGGCUGAUAUCCGAUAGUACUCAUGGGAAUACGCAGGCAUGGCUUGGAGCCACUGACGCUGCACAGGAGGGUGUUUGGCUGUGGAAUGAUGGUACGCCUUUCGCCUUUUCAUACUGGUGCAGGGGAGAGCCAAAUAACACUGGAUAUCAGCACUGUUUACAAAUGAAUCAUGGAGGUGACAAAUGCUGGGAUGAUAUACAGUGUCACAGUCACCUUGCAUCUGUCUGUGUUAAGAAAUCCUUCCUAUUCCGGGGCUGACACAGAGGCAUGAAGCACCUGGAAAAAUCACAAAC